AUAUUUUGAAAAGGACAAAAUGUAUCCGCGCUAAUAACGUCAUAUCCGGUUUCCUGUUCUCAGUCGUCUCGCUCUGUGCGCAGAAGUUACUGAUGGGCUAGCUAUGUCUGUUACGGGUAGAUUGAGUGUAGAAGCAACCGAACUUUAAGUCCCAGGAGUAGGAAUUAACACCCCGUGCGAUUGUUUUGUAUCAGCGACAACUCGAUAAUGUUUUCUUUGACUAUGUCGGUGCAGCCACAGGUGACUGUGCCUCUUAGCCACCUCAUCAACAUCCUCCACCCCCUGAAGAGUUCGUUUGGAAGCAGCAGCAGUGCCACUAGCAAGUCCAGAAAACUAAAAGAGCAGGACUCAGAACAGCAUUGUCCAGAGACUACAUGGACUCUACGGGAACUCGGCUUUCCAGACCUGGGUAAACAGCAGCUGGAGGAGAUGCUGAAGACUGUUUUACCACACAUAAGCGCAGAUGUUGUGUCCCCUCAACUAGAUCGUCAGACAUUAUGGAAGACUUCGUACCUCUCCUCAAACUCCUUUUUCCACAAUAAGUAUGGCUUCUCAUGGAGUGCCAUACCCAAUUCAGCGUCUGCCAUCUCAAAUAAGCAUCUCUCACCUCUGCAGGCUGUUUGCACAGAGUUAAAGUACUGGCCAGUGUUAACUCAGACGAGAGGUUUUAAGACUUUAAGAAAUAAAACCAGACGUGUGCAGACGGCCUUUGAACGCCCCGUGGGCCCUGAAGCAUUCACUCCAUCUUUUAUGAAGGGUCUCCUCACUCGCGAUAAAGGGAUUGAAGUUGAAAGUCUCGACAGCUUGUUGAAGAACAAGAACGUACCGGACGGACAGCAGGAUGCUUUUAAGAGAGGCUUUGCCGAGGGCUUCCUGAAGGCUCAGGCUCUGACACAGCGCACUCAAGACUCUUUAAGGAGAACCCGUGUAAUCCUGCUCAUACUGCUUUUGGUUGGACUCUACGGCAUCUCCAAGACUCCUUUCAUAUCAGUGCGGUUCCGAACCACAACAGGAUUGGACUCAGCAGUGGACCCGGUGCAGAUGAAAAAUGUGACGUUUGAGCACGUGAAGGGGGUAGAAGAAGCCAAGAACGAGCUGCAGGAGGUGGUGGAGUUCCUGAAGAAUCCGCAGAAGUUCACAGCGCUUGGAGGGAAGCUACCAAAAGGCGUCCUUCUCGUUGGCCCUCCAGGAACCGGGAAGACUCUGCUGGCCAGAGCGGUGGCAGGAGAGGCAGACGUUCCGUUUUAUUACGCCUCUGGGUCUGAGUUUGAUGAGAUGUUUGUUGGAGUGGGAGCCAGUCGUAUCAGAAACCUUUUCAGAGAGGCUAAAGCUAACGCACCCUGUGUAAUCUUUAUCGAUGAGCUGGAUAGUGUGGGGGGCAAAAGGAUCGAGUCCCCCAUGCACCCCUAUUCCAGACAGACUAUCAACCAGUUACUCGCUGAGAUGGACGGGUUUAAAACAAACGAGGGAGUGAUCAUUAUCGGAGCAACCAACUUCCCAGAAGCUCUGGAUAACGCCCUGAUCCGCCCUGGACGCUUCGACAUGCAGGUGACUGUUCCUAAACCUGACGUGAGAGGACGCACAGAGAUUCUCAACUGGUACUUGAAGAAGAUUAAAGUGGAUCCAGCUAUUGAGGCCAAUAUCAUUGCUCGAGGCACUGUGGGCUUCUCUGGCGCUGACCUGGAAAAUCUGGUUAACCAAGCCGCCCUAAAGGCAGCAGUUGAUGGCAAAGACAUGGUCACCAUGAAGGAGCUGGAGUUUGCCAAGGACAAAAUCCUCAUGGGCCCCGAGAGGAGGAGUGCAGAAAUCGACCAGAAGAACAAGAUCAUUACAGCAUAUCACGAAUCGGGUCACGCAAUCGUAGCUUACUACACCAAAGACGCCAUGCCAAUCAACAAGGCCACCAUCAUGCCCAGAGGCCCCAGUCUGGGACAUGUGUCCAUGCUUCCAGAGAAUGACAGGUGGAGCGAGACGCGCUCUCAGCUUCUUGCUCAGAUGGACGUCAGUAUGGGAGGCCGUGUAGCAGAGGAGAUGAUAUUUGGUCACGAGAACAUCACAACAGGAGCAUCAAGUGACUUUGACAGUGCAACCAAGAUUGCCAAACUGAUGGUGACCAGAUUUGGAAUGUGUGAAAAGCUUGGUGUGAUGACCUACACAGACAUGACCGAGCAAAGUCCAGAGACGCAAGCCGCCGUAGAGCAUGAAGUCAGGGUGUUAUUGAAGGAGUCGUACGAACGUGCCAAAGCCCUGCUGAAAACCCACACCAAGGAGCACAAGAACCUGGCAGACGCGCUGCUCAUGUACGAGACUCUGGACGCCAAAGAGAUUCAGUUGGUUCUGGAGGGAAAAACCCUGGAGACCAGAUGAAAUGUGCAGACACAAGCCACUAGCAGAGGGGAGGGGAGGGGGUGCAGAUUUAAAGAAGAUUGACUCAGGCCUCCAUCCACAGGGAUAAAAGCUCAUCUUCACUCAGUCACUUUAAUGGAAUCUCGGUCAUAUCUCCCAAAAAAGUAAUGUUUUAACUCGUUUAAAACUAGAAAACUUCCGAUUUCAUUUAAUCUGAAUUCUUAAAAUGAGAAUAUCUCAUGCAUGUGAUGUUUAUUGAUGACCUCCCACCAUCAACAUUUAAAAUGAUCAGAUCAAUUUUGUUCUUUUCUCCUGAAAAAGUUGCAGAAUGUGAACAUCAGAUUUGAUGUUUCACAGCAUUUUGUUUAGGUCGCUUUAUUAUAUUCAAACAUGAAUGUGAGCAUCAACCUGAAAUAUAAAAGCAUAAUCUGAGUUUCUUUUGAAAUGCAAAGAGCUGCUUUAUACUGAAGGCAAUCAAAGUUUGGACGUCUUUCUGUAAAUGUCUUUAUUUCUGCUGGGAUCUGAUAUUUUAUUUCAGGUAGUAUGCUGUACAACUUUUUCUUUUAGUUUUAUUUUUGAAGCCAAAGUCGGCUGAGGAGAUCCCUCUUUCAUAUUCUGCUUCACCCCUCUCUGCUUAUCCUCUUUUAAAGGCCUUCAAGGGAAUGUACAAUAAUUGUAACAUUAAACUAGGGUGUAAAGUACGAAGUUAAGGCACUUUAUCCAAGUGCACAACGACAAAAAUGCCUCUUUGUGUUUUUGAGGAUCUGUACAGAUAAAAACAGAAAGCCGCUCAGCCUCAGACGCCAUGCAAUAAACACAAGUUCCUUUAAUGGUGAAAAGGUUUUAAGGAGGUAAAACUUUGGCUUCAUUUAUUUAAGUAGUUUGGCUUUUGAAAAGCUUUUAUGCUGACGUUUUAAAUGCGUGGAAUAAAGAUCAAACCAAAAUGGUGUCAGCUGUUCCUUCAUAAUGCUGUAGUGCUGCAUAUGUAUCUGGUCUUGACACAAAGUAAAACAAUAUCAGGAUUCGUUUAUCUUUUAAAGCGAUGAAUUGUGUUGCAGUGGGAUUCAUAUUUAAGUUUUUAAGACUUCUCAGUCUCUUUCUCUUCAUUACAGCCUGUUUUAUCUGUGUAGAGAUGACCGGGAUGUGAUCAUAAGAUUGUAAAUACAUGUAAAGACAUGAUGUAUUCAUUAAAUGCUCUGAAUGUGAUUCUGCUGUUGACAUUUCCCUACAUUGUAGUUAUGAUUGUUGUGUGCUAAUAAAAUAAAAAUAAAA